AUUUCGUCGUCGGGUUUGCAAUGCAACGUUGCCAAUAUCUGUUAUGUUGUGUGUGUUCAUUUUGUUGCAUUUAACAUCAAUAACUGAUUUUAUUAAUAAAAAUAAAAAUAAAAUAAUGUUUUAAUUAUUGAAACACAGUUUUUAUUGUGUGUGUGUAAUAAUAGUGUAAAAUUUAAAAAUGGACCCCAGUCUGCCGCCUCAAACUUUUGCACCACCUCCGGGAAUAGGGACGCCGCCUCUGAUGCCCCAGGUUCCAUUACCAGGUAUGCCUGGUUUCCCCCCAAUUAUACCUCCACCCUUCAGCGUACCUCCGCCGGGAUUCGGUGCUGCUAUACCUCCCGUGGUCGUCCCACAAACCAGCGUUAGCAGCGAAUGGACUGAACAUAAGGCACCAGAUGGCAGGACCUAUUAUUACAACAAUACCACCAAACAAAGCUCAUGGCAAAAGCCCGACUGUAUGAAAACACCUGGAGAACUGUUACUUUCUCAAUGCCCUUGGAAAGAGUAUACGGCUGAUAAUGGCAAAAUUUAUUACCACAAUGUUAAUACUAAAGAGUCUAGGUGGGUUAUACCGCCAGAAUUGGAGGAAAUUAAGGAAAAAGUUGCAGAAGAAGAAAGCAAACCAAAAUCUUCACCGCUUGAUUUAAAGGAAAUUUCUAGUCCUUUGCCAGCAGCGACAAUAUCUGCUCCCAUUUCGGAAGCUAAUUCACCGAAUAUUUCAAAUUCUACCUCCAGUCCUGGUCCGAAAAGUAAUGCCUUGGAAGCGGCAAUGGCGGCCACCUUAGCUGCCAUUUCGAUACCGACACCUCCUAAUAAGCCUGGCGACGAAGAUUCAAUGUCCAAUCAUAGCGAGAAAAAAGAAGCAAAACCUCCCAGUGUCGAACCUAAAGUUUACAAAGACAAAAAAGAAGCAAUGGAAGCUUUCAAGCAGCUACUCAAAGAUAAAAACAUUGCUUCCAAUGCUUCAUGGGAGCAGUGCGUUAAGAUCGUUCAAAAUGAUCCUCGGUAUGAAUCUUUUAAGAAACUUAACGAAAAGAAACAAGUAUUCAAUCAAUACAAAACUCAAAAACAAAAAGACGAAAAAGAAGAACAACGAAUAAAAGCGAAAAAAUCCAAAUCUCAACUAGAAGAAUUCCUGAUGAAUUCCGAUAAAAUGUCUUCCACCACCAAGUAUUACAAGUGCGAGGAACUGUUUGGCCAUUUGGAAGUGUGGCAAACUGUUUCGGAAGGUGACAGGAGAGACAUUUACGACGACGUAGUAUUCGCGUUGGCGAAAAGGGAAAAAGAAAACGGCCAGAUAUUGAAGAAGAGAAACAAAAAGAAACUGGCCGAAGUGCUAGAGUGUAUGACAAAAAUUAGUUAUGAUACAACUUGGAAUGAAGCACAGGUUUUGUUACUGCAAAACGGAUCAUUUCAAAAAGAUUACCAAUUAUUGGCUAUGGACAAGGAAGAUGCACUGGUAGUUUUUGAGGAGCAUAUUCGGCUUUUGGAAAAAGAGUUUUUGGAAGAUAAAGAAAAGGUAAAACGUCGUCAAAAAAGACAAUAUAGAAAAAACAGAGAUCAAUUCUUGUCUUUGCUGGAUCAUCUUCACGAAGAAGGCAAACUGACUUCAAUGUCUUUGUGGGUGGAAUUGUAUCCUCUUAUAUCGGCAGAUAUACGCUUUUCUGCUAUGCUAGGUCAAACAGGUUCCACUCCAUUAGACUUAUUCAAAUAUUUCGUGGAAGAUCUAAAAUCGCGAUUUCACGACGAAAAAAAAAUAAUUAAAGACAUUUUAAAAGAAAAAGAAUUUGACGUGAAAGCUUCCACUUCAUUCGAUCAAUUUGCCACAAUUAUUUGCGAAGACAAACGAAGUGCCACAUUGGACGCUGGUAAUGUUAAGUUAACGUAUAAUUCAUUAUUGGAAAAAGCUGAAAUAAAAGAAAAAGAAAGAUUAAAGGAGGAAUCUAAACGAAUAAAAAAAUUGGAAAAUGCCUUUAAAAACCUCCUAAAGGAUUUAAAUGUAGACUUUGAAAAACCUUGGGAAGACAUCAAAAGUAAAGUCGAAAACCAAGAAGAGUAUAAAGCAUUCGCCAACGACUCCGAACGUCAAAAAGCCUAUAAGGACUUCCAACACGAAAUGGAAGAAUCCUGUUCGCACCAUCAUUCGCGUUCGCGCAAAUCGAAGAAAAACAAAAAGAACAAGGUCAAGUAUCGUGGAUCAAGCUCCAGCGACUCUGAUGAGAAACACAAAAAGUCGAAACAUAAAUCUAGAAGCACCAGCCCCGAAUCUGAGAGCGACUAUGCGAAUAGCAAGAAGAAGAAGUCGAAAAAGAAGCAUAAAAGGAGAAGUCGAUCUAGUUCCCCUUCGGAUAGAACGAGAAGUGGCGAAAUGAGCGAGAGUGAGCUAGAGAAACAACGCGCCUUACUAUUGGCCAAAUUAAAAGAUGAGAGUGACUAGCACAAUAAUUAAAAAACACCAGAAUCGUUGUAAAAUAUAUUCAGAGGGAAUUUUGUAUUAUACAUAUUUUCUCAAAACUAUCAAUUUGUUUAUUGUAUGUAUGAAGGUAUACAAAGGUGUAUUUUUUGCAGGGCUGGUAAUAAUCAUAAUUAUUGGGAAUGUUAAUUCUCGGUUUACUCAGUAAAAUAAUACAUAUUUUUUAGGAAAAUAUUUUGUGUUUUAUUCCAA